AUGGUCUGUGGCAAAUGUGUGAAGCUCCAAAAGAGCACAAAGCUCGCGACCCCAGAGGUGAAGAAAAAGAGCGAGAUGUACUAUGGAUCGCCAGCCAGCACAAAGGCGAGCGGCUCCAAAUCAGCCACUCUAGGUAAUACCGGAGUGUCCAAGAGUAAGCUGCUAUCAAAGGCAGCGAAGAAUCCAUACGCACAGUACUCAAGUUCAUGUACCAAAUGCAAAACCAAAAUCACACAAGGCCACUCUUAUUGCCCAAAAUGCGCCUACCAAACCGACUCCUGUCCUAUGUGUGGAAAGCCAAACAAAAAGUCCACCUCAAAAGCGCCAACAGUUGAUGCCUACAAAAACACGUUGAAAUAA